AUGAGUCGUCGACUUUUUUUACGUAUCACAGACGACUUGGCCCAGUCUGAUCCGUUUUUCACACUGCGAUACGACGCUAGGGGCCAAAGGGGAUUCACUACUUUACAAAAAUGUACGUCGGCCAUUCGCCAACUGGCAUAUGGGUACGCACCCGAUGCGUUGGAGGAGUAUUUAAGGAUGUCCGAAAGAACCGCACGUGAAUGUUUGCACAGGUUUUGUGAAUGGAUCGUCAAAUUAUAUAGCAAGAAAUACCUGCGAAAACCAAACGCAAACGACGUUCAAAAAUUAUAUCAAGCACAGGAACAAAGACAUGGUUUUCCAGGAAUUCUCAAGAGCAUUGAUUGCAUGCAUUGGCUGUGGCAGAACUGCCCUACUGCUUGGCAAGAUCAGUAUACUCAGGGAGAUCAUGGUCAUCGCACUAUAAUUCCAGAGGUUGCUGCGUCACAGGAUCUCUGGAUCUGGCAUGCUUUUUUUGGUCUACCUAGUUCACUUAAUGACCUUAACAUCAUCUACCAGUCACAGAUAUUUGACGAUGUAGUGGCGGGAACAGGUCCAAACACCAGUUUUACGGUUUCGGGGGUGGAAUACAGGCGGGGUUACUACCUUGCAGAUGGAAUAUACCCAACGUACUCUACAAUCGUUAAAAUUAUUCCGCACCCGACAGACGAUAAAAGAAAGAAAUUUGCGAAGUUUCAAAAGGGUGCGAGAAAAGAUUUUGAACGGUGUUUUGGGGUUCUACAAAAAAAAUGGCAUAUCAUUGAACAUCCAGCACGUUCUGCUACACCAAAGAGAUUACGACACAUUAUGUACGCUUGUAUCUUGCUUCAUAACAUUAUCAUUGAAGACGGAGGUAGAGCGAUAUGUGAGUACGACGAAAACGCGUCUAACGGGAAUUUUGUUCCAGUUAGUUUGGAACAACAAGAUUUAAACGGAUUCUCUCUACGUAACGAAUACACACAUCAAAACCUACAAACGGACUUGGUGGAGUACAUUUGA